UGUUUUCUCAAAAUUGUUUUAAAUAAGACCCCCAAACGAUGAGGAAUUUCACAUUUUACAUGUUAAUGAAGGAUACCAGCUGUUUGAACAACUAUCUUAAUUGACGAUGCAGAGACCAAAUUCACGAGAAAAAAUGGCUCUUCCUGCUAUAUCAGGAGAAGGCAAUCAACUACGACAUGAAGCACUGAGCCGGAUGGAUUUUCUAGAGGAUAGGAUGAUACAUCAGGAGAAGACAACAAGAUCUUUGAUAGAUAGAGCUUUGAGGGUGAAAGAGGACAUUGAGGAAAGCCUUGGGUACGCUCAAAUGAAUUGGCAAGGCGAAAAAAAGGCAAGGGCACUUCUUCAAGAACAUAUACGCACUAUUACAUCUGUUGUCAAGCGUUUAAGUCGUGAAAUAGAAGUUAUAGAAGAUGAGUUACGCUCAAAGGAGAGCAAACUUGAAGGCAACUCCACGGCUUUCAAAAAUCUCGAAUUGCAUCAUGUUGCUGGGGUGACGGAUCUGAGGGGCCGUGUUGCAAGAUGUGACCAUGCCAUAGAAAGACUGAUAGCAGAUGUAAGAACCUGUGUAGAGGCUAUCAAUGAACUGAGGCAGAAACAAGAUCUUCAUGUUAAAAAUACUAAUGAAAAAUUUCACAAUUUACAAACUGAUAUUAAUGAGCUUACAUUAAAAUUUGAAAAAUACAGUGCUGAGUACUCGACAAACAUUCAGAAAAUGAAAGGAGAUGCUGAUGAACAAGUAACAAGAUUAGAUUCAAAAACAAAAUCAGUUGUUGAGGACCUGCGAGGUAGCAUCACCUCAAGUCGUCAGUGGACAGAGUCUGAAUAUUACAAAAUAACUAAAGAUUUCCAUGAAAGACUUGAACGAAUGGAAGGAAUCUUGUCCCAGAGGCAAAGUAAAUUAGAAAACAAAGUUGAACUGUAUUUAUCUAAAAUAGAAAAACUCCUUGAAGAAGAAAAGGAUAAAUACUACAACAUAUGGGAGGUACGAUUGAAAGAAACGAAGUCUUUGCAAGACAAGGCAUUAGGUUCCACAUCCUCCUCUAUGAGAAGGGAAUACAAGCAAGGGUUUCACACCGUUCAUGAAAGCGUCAAAAGCCUACAAAAUGUUUUUGAAGCAAAGCUUAAACUUGUGGAAGAAAAUUUACAAAAAUCCAUUAACAAUGUGUUACGUAUGGUUGUUUUGACGUAAAAACCUUUUAGUGGAUAUUUGAUACAUGUAAAACCUUAUGUUUUUGUAGAUGUUUUUGUGGCCCUUUUGUGCACACCUUGAACCACCAUUCACGUCCUUUUUCAUUCAAAACAACAAUUAUUAGUUCCAAUCAAAAUUGGUUUUGGUGUUUAUUGAAAUAUGUAAGCCUUCGCAUUACUACAUGCCAAAAUGGAUGAAAUUGGAACUUUCUAUUGUUGUUUACCCCAAACUAGAAGAUUAUAAUGUAUUUCUAAUAUAUUUUGAUCAGGCGCUUGUAAUAUAUAGUAUUCUAAUGAAGGAGGAAGUUGUCAAUCUUGACAGACAUAAGUCAUAUAGUCAGAUAUAUCACUCAAAGUGAUUUGACACGUCAAACAUUUCUUUCCAAAAUAUAUUCAGAGUGUAAUAUUUUUAAAGUGUUUAUAGAAGUACAAGUAAAACAGUCUAUAGCCAUCUGAGACACAGGGACAAGUUUUAAUUGGACAGUCAUAAUGUACUUGUAUGAACAUUGAUCCUAAACCUAAAGGCCAGUUUGGAAAUAACAUGCCAAGCACUUCAAAAAUUACAAAUGGAAUGUGCUUAAUGUGAUAGACAAACUAACCCCAUAUAGGCUUUGUAUAUAAAACCCUUCUAUUUACAAAAUACAAGCAUGAAUUGAAGAUCAAGUAAAAACUAAGGAAUAAAAAGAAGUAAACAUC